CUCGACGUUCCCACCAUGCAUUGCGACGGAAGCGAAGAAGAGGGAGUAGCUAGUAUAUCACCCACUGCAAGGGAGCUCGUUGGUCUCUUUUUGGCGUCGGACGUUGUCUCGGACGGGCUCUUCUGGAGAUUUCGAUUACGCAGAACUCAACUUCGGCUCGCCGCUUGGCACGACGACGCAGAACAACGGACGCGGACAGUCAUGACUGGCACGGAGACUCCCAACGUGAAAUCAGAGACGACGAGCGCACCGGUCGAGAACAGCAAUGAGAAUCCGCGCGAGCGAAAUCCGCCGGGAAGCGGAAAUCGCGGACCUCGCGGCCGAAAAGGCGGCACGAGGUUCUCGGGUGGACGCGGUGGCGGAAUGGGCGUCGGUGGCGGAAUGGGCGGCGGUGGCGGCGGCGGCAGUGGCAGUGGAAGAAACGAAGCGAUGAAAAUGAACGAUUCCAUGGAUGGAGGCUUGGAUAACCCCAUGUCCGAGAGUAUGGGUGGAAUGGGUGGUGGCAUGGGUGGAAUGGGUGGAAUGAGUGGAAUGGGUGGAAUGGGUAUGGGUCGCGGUGGCGGAAUGCGAGGAGGCGGAAGGGGUGGCCGUGGUGGCGGCGACAGAACUAUGGCCAACAGAUCACAAGAUGACCGAUUAAUGGAACGCGUCAUGGGUAUUAGUGGACCAACUCACGAGCUUCCUCCACAAGAGACAACAGAGAAGAAGUUUAGUGGCAGAAAUCGUUUGUAUAUUGGCAAUUUGACAAAUGACGUAACCGAGGAGGAGAUACAAAACAUGUUUCAGAAAUAUGGGGAGGUAUCCGAGCUGUUUGUGAACAAGGAAAAAAGCUUUGCUUUUCUCAGAAUGGAUUAUAAAGCGAAUGCCGAAACGGCGAAACGCGAGCUAGAUGGUAUAAUGCGCAAAGGUCGCGCAUUGAAAGUACGUUUCGCGCCGCACUCGUCGACGAUCAAGGUGAGGAAUCUCACUCCAUGGAUAUCGAAUGAGCUUCUCGAGAGAGCCUUCGGUGUGUUUGGCGAGAUCGAGCGUGCGACGGUGACCGUUGACGAGAGAGGCAAGACCACCAGUGAAGGAAUCAUUGAGUUUUGUCGAAAACCAUCCGCUCAAUUGGCUUUGAGGAAAUGCACGGAAGGCUGCUACUUCCUUACGUCUUCUCUUCGACCAGUAAUCGUCGAGCCGUUCGAGCAGCAAGAUAACGUGGACGGUUAUCCCGACAAAAAUCUGCCACGCAAGAAUCCGGAGUUCUUCAAAGCUCGCGACAUCGGACCGCGCUUUGCACAAGUAGGCAGCUUCGAGCACGAGUACGGUACAAGGUGGAAGCAGCUGCACGAAUUGUACAAACAGAAGGAGGAGGCACUCAAACGAGAAAUGGCGAUGGAGGAGGAGAAACUAGAGGCUCAAAUGGAAUUUGCCAGAUACGAACAUGAAACGGAACUUCUGAGGGAACAGCUGCGUAUGCGCGAGGCGGAUCGCGAGAGGCAAAAGAGGGAGUGGGAGAUGAAGGAGCGACAAGCUGAAGAACAAAGGACUCGCGAAGAGGAGUUGAGGCGUCGUCAACAGGAAGAGAUGGCAAUUCGCAUCAGGAGACAAGAGGAAGAACUGCACAGGCGUCAACAGGAAAAUAACCUAUUUAUGCAGGAGCAGGCAAUUCGUAGUGGUGGUGGAAAAAAUUAUGAUUCUGUCAGUAACAAUGAUCGUGACGGAUAUGGCCAACCGGAUGGUGGAAGCGGCAUGCCAGUGGACCCGAAAUCAUUUAUGGAUGCGUACAACAACAUGGAUCGCGGUAGUCGUGGGGGUUAUAACGAUGACCGCGGACAGAUAAUGGAUUUGAUGGACAUGAGGGUUGACAUGGGUAACAUGGGUGGUAGUCGCGGAGGUAGUGGUGGCAGUGGACGUUGGCAAGGAAACGACCGAAAUCGCCCGGAUGACUAUCCCACUAAACGACGACGUUAUUAAAUUAUUGCGCAAAUCCUAUCCGAGACGAGCUUGUUUCGUUGACUUCUUGAAAAGCGACAUUUCGCAGAUCGUGCUACCACGUUCUUCAUUCUUAUUCGCUCCUUUACCUUUUAUAUAUCACUUCGUCUGCCUCAAUGAUCAAACAGGAAAUGAGAAGGAGUGCUUGAAAGAAUCGAAUACAGUUUAUCAAAAUGAUGUUAAAUGUUGUCCGAUAUUGAUACACUUGACUGCAAACGAAUGAUAGUCUGAUUUGGACGCGAUAAUGUUUUGAUACUUUGACGGGUUCUGCGUCCUCCAGAUGACGAUUCUUCUCGGACGUACAGUUUUAUUUAACAACGUUGAUGUUAAGAAUUAACGCUAUCAGCUAUAAAGAUUUACCUUGCGAACUGCAUACUAUAUUCUUCUCCAUAUCAAAGUCCGAAAAAUACCAAGUUAAAAGUAACACCUUGCGUACAGCAUCUUGGAUUAAUGAUUCGUGCAAUUUAAUUUUUCAUGGAAAUGAAGGUUCGUCUCGUGGUCCAUAAAAUUGUUAUGAUUUUGGAAUUUUUCUUCGUAUUUCAAACAUAUUAUAUGUCAUGAUCAUGGUGUAUAUACAUAUAUUAAUACAUACACAAUAAUUGUGAGGGAAGAUACAAGAAAUAAUUCAUUUUAAGAUCUUGCAAACUGUAAAUCCCAAUUAUGUAGCUUUAUCCAUUUUUAACUUGUAUAUGAUGCGAUUGAAUUAUUUUUUUGAGAAGAAAUUUAAUUAUGUUUUAAUUAUUAUUAGCUGAGAAUACAUAAUUACUUUCUCAAUGAAACUGAAUGUUUCCUUUGCUUUGUUAUUUUAUACUUUAUUCAGAUAAUACAUGAACAAUGGUUAUAUAAGCAUGAUAGCAUCGUGACUGGGGUGAAUGUUGAAAUUUCGGGACAAGAUUUGCACCGAUACAUUUGCUUUACCGUGACAACUAGUGCUACGUUGUCGUAUAAGUGUAACGAGCAUAAUGGUUCCAUCAUGAGAUGGUAUAUGCAAUUUGUCAUUUCUUAAAUAUCCAUCAGUAAUUAUUUUAGUAUAAGAUAUUAUAUAUACCUAUAUCUAUUAUACAUACACAUGCAGCUUAUUAACUGCAAACAUAAUAUUCAAUUACUUUGUGAAGAAUCUUAAUCAACAGAAGCGUGAUUUUAAAAAUAAAGAUAUAUACAAUACAAACUUAAA